AUGUAUUUUAAAAUGCUGCCAGGACGACAUGAGAAAUUCAUACUAAUCUUCUUUCUUAAUCUGUGCUGCAGACCUAUGACUGAAGCGAUGCAUCCCGACUGCGCCAUCGUCGCUCUGCACCUGAGGGCUCGGGAGAUUUGUAGCCAGACGAGGUCGAGCGAGGAGCAAAACCAGACCGACCAAAGCGGAUGUAAAACAGAGUGGGAUGAGAUCGGAUGUUGGCUCCGAGCUGAAGUCGGGCAUGUGGUCAACGUGUCCUGCUCCGAGGUCUUCCAGCAUUUCUCCAGCAAUCAAGGGUUUGUUUACAGGAACUGCACUAUAGAAGGCUGGUCAGAAAUUUAUCCCCCAUAUGCGGAGGCCUGUGCUUUCAGUGACGACAGUGAGCCUGAAUCAGAGACAAGUUACCUAUAUACAUUCAGACAGGUUUAUACUGUGGGGUACGCCACCUCGCUCAUCUCCCUCAUAACAGCCAUAGUGGUGUUCAUAGCUUUCAGGAAGUUUCGCUGCACCAGGAACUACAUCCACAUCAACCUGUUCUCCUCCUUCGUCCUGAGAGCCAGCGCCGUUUUCAUUAAAGACGCUGUACUGUUUGCUGAUGAGAACCUGGACCACUGCUCCAUGUCCACGGCAGCGUGCAAGUCAGCCGUGGCCUUCUUCCAGUUCAGCAUCCUGGCCAAUUACUUUUGGUUGCUGGUGGAGGGCAUGUAUCUGCAGACCCUGCUGGCCCUGACCUUUGUUUCUCAGAGGAAAUACUUCUGGUGGUACAUCCUGAUUGGAUGGGGGCUGCCAACAACAGUUAUCAUACUUUGGGUUUUGACCAGAUUCUUCUAUGAUAACAGAGGUUGCUGGGAUGACACAGACAAUGUUGGUAUUUGGUGGAUUAUUAAAGGACCAAUAACAGCCUCGCUGCUGGUCAACAUAGUCAUCUUCAUCAAUGUGAUCCGGAUUCUGGUUCAAAAGCUGAAGUCUUCAGCCAUGGCUGGGAACAAUGACACUGGACAUUUUAUGAGGCUGGCUAAAUCCACUCUGUUCCUCAUUCCUCUAUUCGGGAUGCACUACACUGUAUUUGCCUUCCUACCCGAGAACACCGGAGUAGCAGCCAGACUCUAUAUUGAGCUGGGACUUGGAUCCUUUCAGGGCUUUGUGGUGGCACUGCUUUACUGUUUCAUGAAUGGAGAGGUCCAAACAGAGCUGCGGAGAUGGCUGUGGAGGUGUCACAAUCAAAAUCAUCUCACCCCAGCCAAGCGAAGUAUCACUCAGAUCACAAUUCGAACCAGUGGCGGACUCCGAAGGCCUCCAUCUUCUGGCAACAUCUCUUCAGUAUGA